AUGGCUGGGGAAGGUAUUGAAAAGGGACCAUGUAGUCGCUGCGCACGAACUACAGAACCGUACAAGUUGUCGGUCGUCUCGCAAAGCCCAACCGUUGCCAAAAUGGCUGGGGAAGGCAAACACCAAGAUGGUACCGGCAUCGGCUUCCCAUUGUCCCCAAAGUAUAUGCUGUCAACUGGUGGCACAACCAAGGGCAUAUUCAUCAGCCUGCUGCAGAAUAUCGGAAACAAUGUUGCACCAGUCCAGACUGGGGCCACGACAACCGCUUUCACAUCUGCAAAAGACUUCAAAUAUGAUAAGAAACAGAAAGUCGAAUCCCACGGCGGGCAGGCCCGCUCGAAAACCUCACCCAGCGAAACUGUGAAAAUGUCGCCGCCCUAA